GUGCGGUUUGGGUGUCGCGGGUAGUCAGACAACGGGAGUCGCAGGCGCUGAACAUACGCAGUCUCGGACCCACAAAACGUGUAAUUGUUCGGAGAGUCGUGUCCACGAAAAGACAUGGGGGAUCGAGUGGCCUUAUUGUUACUGGCCCUUGCGGCGUCAACUCUGGCAGUCGAGGUGCCCGCAGAUGGUUUGACGGGACUGCUAGCUGAGCCCCAGGUGGCCAUGUUUUGUGGUAAACUCAACAUGCAUGUCAAUGUGCAGAGUGGCAAGUGGGAAUCAGACCCUUCAGGCACCAAGAGCUGUGUUGGUACUAAGGAGGGCAUCCUGCAGUACUGCCAGGAGGUUUAUCCAGAGCUCCAAAUUACCAAUGUGGUGGAGGCCAACCAGCCAGUCAGCAUCCAGAACUGGUGCAAGAAGGGUCGCAAGCAGUGUCGCACUCACACGCACAUUGUAGUGCCCUACCGCUGUUUGGUCGGAGAAUUUGUGAGCGACGCCUUGCUGGUUCCCGAUAAGUGCAAGUUCUUGCAUCAGGAACGUAUGGACCAAUGUGAGAGCCACCUGCACUGGCAUACUGUGGCCAAAGAAUCCUGCACAGACAGAACCAUGAAUCUCCAUGACUACGGAAUGCUUCUUCCAUGCGGUAUCGACCGUUUCCGUGGGGUGGAAUUUGUGUGCUGUCCAGCCGAGGCUGAGCGCGACGCUGACAGCGCUGAGCAGGAUGCCGACGAUUCUGAUGUUUGGUGGGGUGGAGCGGAGACCGACUAUUCCGACAACAGUAUGGUGCGGGAGCCCGAGCCAACAGAGCAGCAAGAGGAAACCAAGCAAUCUGUGUUGGAGGCAACUGAGGAAGAUGAUGAAGACGAGGACGUGCUGGACAAUGACCAAGAUGGAGAUGGGGAGGAGGACGAGGAGGAUGAAGAGGAGGAGGAAGACAUUGCUGACACGCUUGAUGCCGACGACGACGACGAUGAGCCAACCGCCAAUGUUGCCAUGACAACCACCACCACCACCACCACCGAGUCUGUUGAGGAGGUCGUCAGAGAUGUGUGUUGGGCCAGUGCAGAGACUGGUCCAUGCCGGGCCAUGCUGCCUCGCUGGUACUUUGACCGCCAGGAGGGCCGCUGUACUCAAUUUAUCUACGGCGGCUGCGGAGGCAACAGGAAUAACUUUGAGUCGGAGGAAUACUGCCGGUCUGUCUGCAGAAGCGUCAUCCCCACAGCCACGCCCGGCUCCCCUGACGCUGUGGACCACUACCUGGAGACACCUGCUGAUGAAAAUGAGCACACCCAUUUCCAGAAAGCUAAAGAAAGCUUGGAAGCUAAACACCGUGAAAGGAUGUCCCAGGUGAUGAGAGAGUGGGAAGAGGCUGAGAGGGAAGCAAAGAACCUUCCACGUGCAGACAAGAAGGCAGUCAUCCAGCGUUUCCAAGAGAAGGUCGAGACAUUGGAGCAGGAAGCUGCCAGUGAACGGCAGCAGCUGGUGGAGACUCACAUGGCCCGAGUGGAAGCUCUUCACAACGACCGCCGCCGCCUGGCUCUCGAGAGCUACCUGACAGCUCUGCAGCAGGACCCCCCAAGGCCUCGUCAUGUCUUCAGCCUGUUGAAGAAGUACGUGCGUGCCGAGCAAAAGGACAGACAACACACCCUUAAACAUUUUGAGCAUGUCCGUAUGGUGGACCCAAAGAAGGCGGCGCAAAUCAGGCCUCAGGUUCUGACCCACUUGCGUGUCAUUGAAGAACGCAUGAACCAGUCAUUGGGACUUCUCUACAAGGUGCCUGGUGUGGCUGAUGACAUCCAGGACCAAGUUGAACUCUUGCAGAGGGAACAGGCCGAGAUGGCCCAACAACUGGCCAAUCUGCAGACUGACGUGAGGGUGAGCUACGGUAACGAUGCACUGAUGCCCGACCAGGAGCUGGGAGAUGGCCAAACCGAGCUGCUGAAUCAGGAGGACACACUUGGCUUGGGAGGAGUUGGCUUUAUCCAUCCCGAGAGCUUCAACCAGCCCAACACUGACAACCAAGUUGAACCGGUGGACUCCCGCCCCAGUCUUGAAAGAGGAGUCCCCACACGGCCAGUGACCGGGAUGAAGAUGGAUGCUAUUCCUGAGCUCCGAAUGGAGAAGGGGGAUAGGCAGAGUACUGAAUAUGAAGUUCACCACCAGAAACUGGUCUUCUUUGCCGAGGAUGUAGGCUCCAACAAGGGUGCCAUCAUUGGCCUCAUGGUUGGCGGUGUUGUCAUAGCGACCGUGAUCGUCAUCACUUUGGUGAUGCUCCGGAAGAAGCAGUACACCUCCAUCCAUCACGGAGUCAUCGAGGUGGACGCUGCUGUGACGCCUGAAGAGCGCCACCUGUCGAAAAUGCAGCAGAAUGGCUAUGAGAACCCAACCUACAAGUUCUUUGAACAGAUGCAGAACUGAGGGGGAUGUCAUACACACACACACACACACACACACUGACAUCUCAUUCCACACCUUAACCCCCCCCCCCCCCCCCCCCUCCUUCCCAGAAUAGAGUGACGUCAGCAGUGUGGCAUGAACCAACCAGUGACUGAGUAUAUGUAAAUGGAGUUUUUGAAGCCCAGGUUUCUUCCGCUACUGCCUUGGCGGAUAUUGCGGCCGAGUUAAUUUGCACCAUGUUUGUUCACUUUAUUAGAGUGACACGCCUUUGACUUAGAGAGUUUUUAUGUUGCUCGAUUUGGGCCUGCUGAUGUAAGGGAGUAGUGCAAGCAAACCCACCAUUAAUGGAAGAAGCCUGCUCUCUCGAUACUGAUCUGAGGCCAAUGUGUUUUUUUUGUUUUUUUGCUUGAAGCAAAUUUAGGUUUGAGCAUCCAAAUCUGGCCUCUGAUCAGCAGGAUAUGAUGGGUUGCAUGGACCUCAUGUACGCAAAAUUUAAAGAGAAUUCAUAUCAAAUUAGUUUGAAGUUAAUCUGCAUUUUCCCAGAAAUGUUCAGUCUAUUUUUUCCCCUCUUUCAUGCACCACUGCUGCACUCUACUCUCUACACUGGAGAAUAACUACUGUAAUCUACCUAAACCCAAUCAACCACCACCCCCAAAUCUCCCUCGUUCCUCUUUUGUGUAUUCUUAUGACAGCUGGGCUGUGUUAGGUCACACAAGGCUCUAAAGGCUAAAUAUAUGGAGUUGAUCAUGACCAUGUUGAUGAUGAUGCUAGUUAUUAUAUGUAUUCUGAAUGAGCUGUUUUUAUUUUAGUUUUCUCUAUGGGUUCUUUUUUUUUUUUUCAAAAAAAGAAAGAAAACAGAGUAAAAAAAAAGAUGUAAAGUCAUUUUUUUAAACUUGUGUGUGAUGUACUGAAGUAAUGCUGACGUUGUAGUCGUUCCUAUGUAGUGCAUGACAAAAAAAAAUGACAACAAAAUUUUGAAAGAAAAAAAGAGAUCUUAACACUGCUCUCUCGAACGUCUCUCACUUAUAGAUUAUGCUAGCAAGAUUGUACAUUUCGUAUCCUCUCGUGAUCGCGUGACUUCAAACUAUGAUGAAAAACAUAUAUGUCUAGAUCAACAGGCUCUGCUUUGAAAUCUAAUACACACUUCUAACUGAUCUGUGACUUUUGGAUUUUGAGUGUGUUUCUUUGUCGGUUUCAUUUUUUCUUAAACAUUCUCAGUUUUCCUGAAGGAAAAGGAGGAGCUGGCUUCAUCUGCAUAUUAUUUUCUUUUACUUCAAGUAUAUAUUGUAUCGUCAAAAAUUCCAAUGUUUUAAUUUUUUGCUUUGACUGGAUUUUUUUUACUGCAAGGUAUCUUAAAUGGGUGAUGGUUGACAGGAAUCUAGCAAAAGAUGGUUUAGGACUUCGUGUGUGAGUUUUGUCAUCUUCAGUCUAGUGUUUUAGCUGUCUUUGAACUGGCAUUUUAUCCAAUUGUGCUUGAGCAAAUUUUUUUUCUGUCUGCUGAUAGGCCAGGUGUAGCCCGUAUGGCAAGGAGGGGAAACAUGAGUGAGUGAGGUAGAAAGGAAAUGACUUCCAGUUCUGGAUGGAUAGCCAAGCUGGCAGGCAGUCUGUAUUUAUAAUGGGUUUUACAUUUUUUGCUACCCCCCACCCCCUCACAAUCCCCCUCGCCUCGCUCCUUUGCUUUUGUUUCUCUUCAGGCAUACUGCUCACCUCUCUAUACCAUCCAUGCACAUUUUGAGUUAUCUGCUGUCUGUUUGUUGAUCAUUGUGCUGGAGCUGGCAGAGACGUUAUGAAGGCAUAGCUCCAACAUUCAUUUGAUUCUCAUGAUAAGCAACGCUCACAAAAACAGACAGCACUUUCCAAAGGCUUAUAGCAUCCUAUUAUUACAUUGAGGUUAAAGUGGGACCUCGAGUUCUGUUAAACAUUUCAAAUACUUAUGAAUGGUCAUUGAAUUUAUCUUUGGCAACAAAUUUGUUGGCAUGCUUUCACACAAGUGCUCAGAAGAAGCAUGACGGAGGGUUGUAAAGAGGAGGAUGCAGGAUUUUGUUGUUGAUUGCAUUUGUUCACUCUGUAAUAUUCUGCAGGCCAUUUGCAUUGACUGGGGAAAACGCUUUCUACACCCUAUUCCAUAAUAAAGUUUUGAAUGUACCUACA